AUGAGGAAGGAAAUUCAAACACAAGACAAGCAGCUUAACCAAGUCCAGCAGAACUUCUCGUUACACAGCGCACUUCUUCUUAACAAGCUGGACAAACUGGAGGCUCAUUUAAUAGCAGUGGAAGAGAAAAGCCUCAUAGAGAAAAAUGAGAAGAAGCCAGCAAAGAAGCUGUUCCCAAACUCAUACCUCUUCAAGCAAUGGACUGUUGAACUUUCUGAGGAUGACCAGAGGAAGGCUGAGGAUCUCUUUCAGAAAUACGGCUAUAAUGCCUUCCUCAGUGACCAGUUGCCUCUGGACCGGGAGCUGCCGGAAACUCGAGACCACAGAUGCAUUGGCCGUGAAUACCCCCACAAUCUGCCCACCCUCAGUGUGGUGCUGAUUUAUCUGAAUGAGGCUCUCUCUGUCAUUCAAAGAGCCAUUUGCAGCAUCAUCAACAGAACUCCAGCCCACCUGCUCAAAGACAUCAUACUGGUGGACGACCACAGCACAAAUGAAGAUCUGAAAACACAGCUACAUGUUUAUGUCAGCUCCAUCAAUGAGAAGCACCCAGGCCUGGUGAAGACGGUGACCCAUUCAGAGCAGAAAGGUCUUUCCCAGGCCAGAAUCUCAGGGUGGAAGGCUGCCUCUGGGGAUGUGGUUGCCAUUUUGGACGCUCACAUUGAGGUCCAUGUCAAAUGGGCGGAGCCUCUGCUUGCACGUAUCCAGGCUGACCGUACGCUGGUCCUGAGCCCCGUGUUUGAUAAAGUCAAUUAUUAUGACUUGCAGGUGACAAAGCAUUUCACCUCUGCUCAUGGUUUUGACUGGGCUCUCUGGUGCAUGUACGUGGCAUUCCCACAGAAGUGGUAUGAUCAAAACGAUCCUUCACAGCCAGGAAAGAGUCCGUCUGUAAUGGGAAUACUCGUGGUUGAUCGUCUGUUCUUUGGUGAGAUUGGGACUCUGGAUGGAGGGAUGGAGGUGUACGGAGGAGAGAAUGUUGAAUUAGGAAUACGGGUGUGGCUGUGUGGAGGAAGUAUAGAGAUUGUACCCUGCUCUAAAAUUGCUCACAUCGAGAGGGCACACAAACCAUAUGCAACUGAUCUUAGCAAUGUCAUGAAGAGAAAUGCCCUGAGAGUGGCAGAAGUUUGGAUGGAUGAAUACAAGAUAAAUGUGCACAUCGCCUGGGGUCUUCCCAUGCAGAACCAUGGGAUAGACAUUGGUAAUGUAUUGGAAAGAAAAAAUCUGAGAGAGAGGCUGAAAUGCAAACCAUUUAAAUGGUAUCUGGAAAAUGUCUAUCCUGAGUUAUAUCCUAUGAAUGAUUUACUUGGUUAUGGAGUGCUGAUUAAUGAUCUGCAAACAAGUUUAUGUUUGGAUAAGGGGCCACUUGAGGAGAACAAUCCCAUUUUAUAUCCAUGUCAUUUCAUGGAAUCACAGAUAUUUUACUAUACAGAAAGUGGUGAGAUAUUUGUGCAUCCCCUUCGGUCUUUUAAAAAUGAUCGGAGCCGCUGUCUAACUGAUCCCGGCUCAGGCAGGUUUCCAGAGCUGUCCUGGUGUUCAGACACUGAAAAACCAAAACACAUGUACUGGAACUUCAAACAGGGACAGGCCAUACAGAACAGAGAAACCAAACGCUGUCUGGAGAUCAGCACUGACCAGACAGGAAAAUAUGAAAAGAACGUUUUUCUUCAGGACUGCAGAAACCAACACUGGAAGAUACAGAACGUAAUUCAGGACGUAUGAAAUGCAAGAU